AUGAAGCUCCUCAUGCCAGCUACCCUCAUCCUGCUCCUCUCCCUCUGCACCCCAGGUGUGCAUGAAUACACCUCUGUCUUCAGUGUGCCCAAUGGAGGCCACUGGGGCAAGUGGAGGAGUCGGCAAUUUUGCCACUAUGGCUAUGCCAAUGGAUUUGCCCUGAAAGUGGAGCCCUCCCAGUUUGGAAGAGAUGACACAGCUCUGAACAGCAUAUGCCUGCAUUGUCAAGGUGGCUCAGUCAUUGAGUCCUUGGUAAGGGAGUGGGGUAUCUGGACCAGCUUCCAGGUUUGACCUGGAGGCUACUUGAUCUCCUUCUCACUGAGAACAGAGAAGUCCCAAGGAGGAGGUGAUGACACAGCAACCAGCAAUAUCCAAACCAGAUGCUCAUAUGCAACUGUGCUAGUAGGUGAUGGACUAUCGUGGGGUAGAUUUGGCCCAUGGAGCAAAAACUGCAACGUAUGCGGUCUUCAGACCAAGGUAGAGCUCCCAACUGGGCUUCAGGAUGACACAGCACUCAACAACGUGAAGUUCUGUUGCAAAUGGGUGCUCGCUCUAGCAGCAUCACUGCCUACACAUCCCAUAUACCACAGUAGAUGA